AUGCCCUUCUUCCAGUAUACAGACAUGGAUUCUGACUCAGAAACUGAAUCAGUGGACAUGCUAGGAACAGCUACUGACCCAGAGGAGGAGGAAAUCCAGAGCCACACAUCUCAGAGGCAGAUCAGAUAUGACAUGAAGAACCGCUGCAGAUUUCUCAAUCGCACCAAAUAUGAAGAUCUACACUUUAAAGAUCUGUUUGUGGGAAACAAAAUUACAAUCUACUCUCGACACCUCAAUUUGGUUGACUAUGGGGAUCAAUACACUGCCCGCAUGUUGGGGAGUAGCAAAGAAAGAACCUUGGCUUUAUUAAAGCCUGAUACUGCACUUAAACUUGGAGAAGUCAUCGAUAUUAUGAUUAAUUCUGGUUUUACAAUAACUAAGGCCAAAAUGAUGCAACUUACAAGGGCAGAAGCAAUUGAUUUUCAUGCAGACCAUCAAGCUAAGCCUUAUUACAAACAGCCUGCUUUGGAUAUAGAAAAUCACAGAAUCAAUCUCUGCCUCUCCAGUGAAAAAAACUGGGUUGCAGGUGAGUUCUAUAUGGACCGUGCAAAUUCAGAAGAAUUCUAUGCAAUUUACAAAGGUGUUGUUGCUGAAUAUCCUGAAAUGGUUGUAGAACUUUGCUCAGGACCCUGUAUAGCUCUAGAGAUUAGACAAGUUGAUCCUGAAAAAUCAUUCAGAAAUUUCUGUGGGCCUUCUGAUCCUGAAAUAGCCCGAUAUCUCCGUCCUGGUACACUUCGUGCUAUCUAUGGCAAGAACAAGAUCCAGAAUGCUGUCCACUGUACGGAUCUUCCAGAAGAUGGUCUUUUGGAGGUCCAGUAUUUUUUCAACAUUUUGGACAAGUAACUAGUGUAUACAGCAAAAGACAAGCCACAGGAUGAGAGAUGUGUGUUUAUUCAUUUAUUGUCCAAUGUUUUAACCUGACUGAAAUACAAGAUCAACAAGAGCACUGUACUCCUGGCUAUUACAUAUGUUAAAACAUAGAGUUUUGCACUUUAGACAACAUUUAACACCAGUUGAUGGGUAACUGCAUUGCUUCUCAUAAAGUUCAAAAUAAAGAUUUAUUUUCAAACA